GCUGUUCAUUCACAGUCCACAGUCAGACCCAACAUCUCAUCCGAGAAUCAAGCUUGUAUCUUUCCUAACAGACAUCUUGUGUACAAAAAUGGCAUUGAAGCUCUUUGCCUGCCUGCUGGUACUCGGCAUUGCCAAUGAGGGUCACAGUGCUUGUACAGACCCCGCUAUCAUAGGGCCAUGUCGGGGGCAGUUUUACAGGUAUUUCUUCAACCAAAUAUCACAGUCAUGUGAGCUUUUCAUCUAUGGGGGCUGCGGGGCCAACGACAACAACUUCUUGACUCUGGAGGACUGUCAGACCGCUUGUCCUCCUGAAGCCAAGAGACAGGACGCCAUCAAUCCAGACUGCAACCUGCCCAGUGUCACUGGCUUUUGUGAGGCCUACAUGCCAAGGUAUUUCUACAACCCGGCAACCGGAGCCUGCGAGCGGUUUAUUUACGGAGGGUGCGGAGGCAACAAUAACAACUUCCUGAAUAAAACAGACUGUGAACAUGCUUGUAUCCCUCAGGCCAAGAGACAAGCCAGCCUCCCGCCAGCCUGCAGUCUGCCCAGUGAGACAGGUCCUUGUAAAGCCUACUUCCCCAGGUUUUACUUCAACACCAACACCGGGUCGUGCGAGCAGUUUAUCUACGGUGGUUGUGACGGCAACGACAACAACUACCUGACAGUAGAGGAUUGUCAAGCAACUUGUUUGGUGGCUAGAUACCAUGUCUCCUGCCACGAAACGGAAGAAAAGAAGGAGAAUACAAUGGUUCUUAAACUCUUCGUCUGCCUCGUGGUGCUUGGCCUUGCCAAUGAGGGUCACAGUGCUUGUACAGACCCCGCUAUCAUAGGGCCAUGUCGGGGGCAGUUUUACAGGUAUUUCUUCAACCCAGUAUCAGUGUCAUGUGAGCUUUUCAUCUAUGGGGGCUGCGGGGGCAACGACAACAACUUCGUGACUCUGGAGGAAUGUCAGACCGCUUGUCCUCCUGAAGCCAAGAGAGAGACUGCAACCUGCCCAAGUGAAAGUGGCCUCUGUAUGGCCUACUUCCCGAGAUACUUCUACAACCCGGCAACCGGAGCCUGCGAGCACUUUAUUUAUGGCGGGUGCAUGGGCAAUGCCAACAACUUCCUGUCUGUAGCAGACUGUGAAAAAGCUUGCAUCCCUCAGGCCAAGAGAGAAGUGGGUCUCUUGCCAGCCUGCAGUCUGCCCAGUGAGGCAGGUCCUUGUAAAGCCGCCAUACCCAGGUUUUUCUUCAACACCAACACCGGGUCGUGCAUGGAGUUUACCUACGGUGGUUGUGGUGGCAACGACAACAACUACGAGAGUUUAGCAGAUUGUCAAGCAACUUGUUUGAUCGCUUGAUCGCUCUGUACCUGUACACCAGGAGUUUGCUGACUUUAGUGACGGGUACAACCUUGACUAGGAGAUCGGAUGUCAUUUACCAUUUACUUGCGACUGCAAGAUUUGUAAAGUUACAAAUGUUUCUCAAAAAUUGUUUAUAUAAUAAAACUUACUUUGUGACUUGCAAGUGUAUGUGAAAUAUUUACCUGUAAUACAAUACAGCGAUGAUGUUCAACAAUGCGCAAAAGACUGAGUGUAGAAAAUGGAAGCACAGACACUCGAGUGAUAAUUCUUCAUGUUUCUUGGUUCUGAGGUCGAGAAGCGUUUGAAGAAAGUCGUUUGAUAUGAUUGGCAGCAUAAUAAAACAAUAAAUUUUAAA